AUGAUACAGAGAAAUGUAAAACCUAACGUUGUCACAUACAAUUGUUUAAUAUAUGAGUUUUGCAGUUCGGGCAAAUGGACGGAAGCAACAACCGUGCUCAAUAGAAUGAUGAAUGAAGGAGUACAUCUUGAUGUAGUAACUUUCAAUUCUUUAAUCAAUGCCUUAUGCAAGGAAAAGAGGACUGAAGAAGCCAUUACCAUGUUGGAACUAAUGAGUCAGAGAGGUGUAAAACCUGACAUUGUGACCUACAAUUGUUUAAUACGUGGAUUGUGCAAUUCAGAUAAACGUGCAGAAGCCACAAGCUUGUUUAGUAGGAUGUUGAAUGGAGGAGUCCAGCCUGAUAUGGAAACUUUAAGAUCUUUAAUCAAUGCUUUGUACAAGGAAAACAAGUAUGAAGAAGCCAUUAGCAUGUUGGAACUAAUGAGUCAGAGAAAUGUAAUACCUGACAUUGUCACCUACUGCUUUUUAAUACUUGGAUUGUGGAGUUUAGGUAAUUGUGCAGAAGUGACUAGCUUGUAUAGUAGGAUGUUGAAUGGAGUCCAGCCUGAUGUGGAAACCUUAAGCUCUUUAAUCAAUGCUUUGUGCAAAGAAAAAAAGAUUGAAGAAGCCAUUACCUUGUACAAAUUAAUGAUUCAGAGAGAUCUGAAACCAGACAUCGUCACCUACAGUUGUUUAAUACAUGGAUUAUGCAAAUCAGGACAAUGUGGAGAAGCAACAAGCUUGCUUAGUAAGAUGGUUGCUGAAGAUAUUGUACCUGAUGUUGAAACUUUUAACAUUUUGUUGGAUGCUAUCAGCAAACAAGGAACAAAAGAAAAAACUCAUGAAGUACUGAAGGUGAUGGAUCAAAAAGGCGUGAAGCCGAAUGAAUUUACUUACAGGAUAAUGAUUGAAGAAGUGUAAAUGAAUUUACUUACAGGGUAAUGAUCGAAGAGGUGUAAAGCCAUUACCUUGUUUUGUGCCAUAGUAAAGCUUUCCUUCACUCGGGUUGAUUUUUGUUUUCUUGUGCUUGGUUUGUAGACAGCCUUUUUUUUCCCUCCUCCAUAACACACUUUUCAUCUGGCUUUGCUUGCUUUUAGUUGUCUGGUUUACUGCCAUGAUAAUGCUUUUCUUCUGGUUUUGGUUUAACAUAGGCUUGUAAAUGUCAUAGUUGGGAAUAUCUUCUUCAUCGUCUGGCUUUGCUUGAGGGCUGUCUGCUGUUAUUCCAUCUAAACCAUGCUUAGAUGAAUCAUCACCAUAACCAGGCUUCACUUUUCAUACUGGUUUCUCUUUUUAUGCCAUAAUCAGGCUUUUGCUUGAGGGCUGUCACCCCGAAUGCCAUCAAUGUUAGAAGGAGAAUGCCAAGGAGAGGUGAGAGAGCCUUGGCAGUGGCACUAUUAAUUCUAUCGCUCUGGAAUGUUAUGUAAUAAUUAUUAUUAGAAGGAAAUAUAAGUGGAUGAAGAAUACAGGAUGACACCGUUGCGUUUUAUAUGGGAUUGGUCAAACUUAAUCUUAGUUUACUAAUGGCUAAGACUGUAGUUCUGAAACAAAAUAAACAAUGAUUCUGGGUUUAAAAUUAUAUGAGGAGAGGCCGACUUGAAAA